GCCCCCAGAUCCGAGACGGGGGCGUGUACCGGUGCAUGGCUCGGAACUCGGUGGGCAGUGCUGAGUAUCAGGCGCGAAUAAACGUCCCCCCAGCAUCCGGGCAAUGAGGAACAUCACGGCAGUCGCCGGACGGGACACCCUUAUCAACUGCAGGGUGAUCGGCUACCCCUAUUACUCCAUCAAGUGGUACAAGGAUGCCCUGCUGCUGCCUGACAACCACAGGCAGGUGGUCUUCGAGAAUGGGACGCUCAAGCUGACCGACGUGCAGAAGGGCAUGGACGAGGGCGAAUACCUGUGCAGCGUCCUCAUCCAGCCCCAGCUCUCCAUCAGCCAGAGUGUCCACGUGGCCGUCAAAGUGCCCCCUCUAAUCCAGCCCUUUGAGUUCCCACCUGCCUCCAUCGGCCAGCUUCUCUACAUUCCCUGCGUGGUGUCCUCAGGGGACAUGCCCAUCCGCAUCACUUGGCGGAAGGACGGGCAGGUGAUCAUCUCAGGCUCCGGUGUGACCAUCGAGAGCAAGGAGUUCAUGAGCUCCCUGCAGAUCUCCAGUGUCUCGCUCAGGCACAACGGUAACUACACCUGCAUCGCCAGCAACGCAGCGGCCACCGUGAGCCGUGAGCGCCAGCUCAUCGUGCGCGUGCCCCCCCGAUUUGUGGUGCAGCCCAACAACCAGGAUGGCAUCUACGGCAAAGCUGGGGUGCUCAAUUGCUCCGUGGAUGGCUACCCCCCACCCAAAGUCAUGUGGAAGCAUGCCAAGGGGAGCGGGAACCCCCAGCAGUACCACCCAGUGCCCCUCACCGGACGCAUCCAGAUCCUGCCAAACAGCUCGCUGCUGAUCCGCCACGUCCUGGAGGAGGACAUUGGCUACUACCUCUGCCAGGCCAGCAACGGUGUGGGCACCGACAUCAGCAAGUCCAUGUUCCUCACCGUCAAGAUCCCGGCCAUGAUCACCUCCCACCCCAACACCACCAUCGCCAUCAAGGGCCACCCGAAGGAGCUGAACUGCACAGCGCGCGGCGAGCGGCCCAUCAUCAUCCGCUGGGAGAAGGGGGACACGGUCAUUGACCCCGACCGCGUGAUGCGCUACGCCAUCGCCACCAAGGACAACGGGGACGAGGUGGUGUCCACGCUGAAGUCUGCCCCUCCCCCAUGA